GCAGGGCAGUCGCGAUGGCAACUGAAUGACGAGGCGUCCGGUAGAGAUGACAGUCCCAGCAUCAAACAGCCAUUAGGGGGGAUAGUCUUCUGCAUGUGGCACGUCUCGGCCGGAGUAAUUAAUUUCGGAAACCUGCUUAAAAAUGAAAACCUAGUCUACAAAUGCUACUUACAAAAUGGAAAAAAGGAGACCAACGCCUUAGCUCGAGUCCGGGCCGGAGAGUUAGCCGACCUUCUCAACCCCAUUCCCUCAACAGAUGGCAUUUCGACGUGGGCCCCGCCUGCCUGUAUCACUUUCAUACAGACGGUCUUUUGUGCAAUUUGGCCGAGACGAGAGGGCUUCUGUGCAAAUCGGGUCGGAUCAUCUUCCGAGUCGAAAAUAUAUACAUCAACCCGUUUGUCUCCUCCUCCUCCUCCUCUUAAAUCCUUCCAAGCUGUCAUUUCUCGACCGACACUCUGGCCAUUCCAUAAUGUCCCCUUCCAUUAUUCUGUCCGGGCCGGACGGUACCGGACCACUCUGGCCAAAAGUUUGUGGCCCGUUUGGAGGCAAAAUCACACACAGACACACAAACUGUAUGCACAGACAGAGGACGGGAAAGGGGGCAGAACUGAGAUUUCCUCGUUCGGGCCUAUCAAAUGCGCCAAGGCCAGCACCGUCUGGCCGCCCGAUGGCUCAGACUUGCCUCCGCCCCUCGCGGAAACUGAAUAA